UGUCAUUAUCAUCCGCCAUUGCACUAAUGAAGUCCGUAACGUGCACCGGACUGAUUCUCGGAUCAGUAUUUGAUCAGUAACUACUGUGAGCUGUCCUUCUUACCGUCGACAAACGAUGACCGAUCAACCUACGAAACAAAAACUAUGGGGCGGGAGGUUUACGGGCAAAACGGAUCCCCUGAUGCACGCGUUUAAUCAGUCCCUCAAGUAUGAUCAAAGGAUGCAUGCCGCCGAUAUUCGUGGAUCCAUUGCUUAUGCAAAAGCUCUCCGACGCGUUGGUCUUCUUACUGAGGAAGAGGAAGUCAGAAUGACCCAAGGUUUGGAUGCUGUAGGUCGAGAAUGGGCAAAUGGACAAUUCCAACCUGCCUCUGAUGAUGAGGACAUUCACACUGCAAACGAACGCAGACUGAGCGAGCUGAUUGGUUCACUCGGCGGAAAACUUCAUACUGGACGGUCUCGCAAUGAUCAAGUGGCGACUGACAUGCGCCUUUGGCUUCUCGAUGAAGUGGAUGAUAUUGAAUCCAGUCUCAAAGGUCUUGUGCGCAUAAUGGUGGAGCGUGCAGACAAGGAGAGAGAUAUUCUCCUCCCUGGAUAUACACAUCUCCAACGAGGACAACCCAUUCGGUGGUCACAUUUUCUGUUAUCGCAUGCUUUUUCGUUCCGUAACGAUCUCGAGCGACUUCAGCAACUCAUUCCGCGCAUUUCCGUACUCCCGCUCGGAAGCGGCGCCCUCGCUGGUAACCCAUUUUCAAUUGAUCGCGAAUUUCUUGCCAAAGAGCUGGGGUUCGCUUCACUUGCUGAAAACAGUAUGUGGGGGGUCGGUGAUCGCGACUUCAUCGCCGAAUUUUUGAUGUGGUCGAGCCUUACCAUGACCCACAUGAGCCGUCUGGCCGAGGAUUUGAUCAUAUAUUCUACAGCCGAGUUUGGCUUUGUCACGCUCAGCGAUGCAUACAGCACAGGCUCGAGCAUCAUGCCCCAGAAGAAGAACCCAGACUCUCUUGAAUUGUUGAGAGGGAAGUCUGGGCGCAUAUUUGGCGAUAUGGCGGGAUUCAUGAUGACGCUCAAGGGUUUACCAUCGACAUACAAUAAGGAUCUUCAGGAAGACAAAGAGCCGCUGUUUGACACUGUCGACAACAUCUCCGCAUCGCUCAAGAUCGCAGAGGGUGUCAUAGCGACCAUGGAGGUCCAUGGCGAAAAGAUGCGACAGGCACUGACUAUGGAUGUCCUCGCUACUGAUCUUGCUGAUUAUCUCGUCCGGAAAGGGGUACCCUUCCGUGAGACGCACCACGUCUCCGGCCGUGCCGUUGCUUUGGCUGAGGCUAGAAAAUGCCAACUGAAUGAAUUGGCUGUCGAGGACUUCAAGAGUCUACACGAAAAGUUCUCUGAUGAUGUGGUGGAAGUGUUUGACUUCGAAGCCAGCGUCGAGAGAAGGGCAUCUAUUGGUGGACCAAGUCACAAGACACUGGACAGGCAGAUCGCGGUCUUGCGAGCUGCUCUUGGCUAAAAAUAGUACUGAUACUACUAUUAACUUCGAAAUUUGUUUGCUUAACUUGAAUAAAUUAUGCACAUGAGCGUCCUCGCAA